GCGCCGUGACAGAAGUCAAAACGGACAUCUACGUGACCAGCUUCGGGCCGGUGUCGGACGUGGAGAUGGAAUACACAAUGGAUGUCUUCUUUCGGCAGACAUGGACUGAUGAGAGGUUGAAGUUUAGUGGGCCAACUGAAAUUUUGAGAUUGAAUAAUUUAAUGGUCAGUAAAAUUUGGACACCAGACACUUUCUUUAGAAAUGGAAAAAAAUCAAUUGCUCAUAAUAUGACAACUCCUAACAAACUUUUCAGAAUUAUGCAGAAUGGAACUAUUCUAUACACAAUGAGACUAACCAUUAAUGCUGAUUGUCCUAUGCGGUUGGUGAACUUCCCUAUGGAUGGACAUGCUUGUCCACUGAAGUUUGGAAGCUAUGCUUAUCCAAAAAGUGAAAUAAUUUAUACAUGGAAAAAAGGACCCCUGCAUUCAGUAGAAGUACCACAGGAGUCUUCCAGUCUCCUCCAGUAUGACCUCAUAGGACAAACUGUGUCUAGUGAAACAAUUAAAUCUAACACAGGUGAAUAUGUAAUCAUGACAGUUUAUUUCCACUUGCAAAGGAAGAUGGGCUACUUCAUGAUACAGAUAUAUACUCCAUGCAUUAUGACAGUCAUUCUUUCUCAGGUGUCUUUCUGGAUUAACAAGGAGUCUGUUCCAGCCAGAACAGUUUUUGGAAUCACUACAGUUCUGACAAUGACCACUUUAAGCAUCAGUGCACGCCAUUCUUUGCCCAAGGUGUCCUAUGCUACCGCCAUGGAUUGGUUCAUAGCUGUGUGCUUUGCCUUUGUCUUCUCUGCACUUAUUGAGUUUGCAGCUGUCAACUACUUUACCAAUCUUCAGACUCAGAGAGCAAUGAGGAAGGCAGCCAGGGCAGCAGCAUUGGCAGCAGCACUAUCAGCAGCAACUGUACCGGCAGAGGACGAGAUUGUCUCGCAUUCUGACUCCAAUUGUAACCUGAAGAAGCGAGUAAACUCUGUAACGUCUCAGGCAGAUCAAUCUCCUGAAGCCAGCAUAAUAUCAAACAGUGCAUCCCAGUGUCAACCAGUGUCUGUUCCUCCACCAGCCCCGCUACCACCACCACCACCACCACCUAUUGGAGGCACAAGUAAAAUAGACCAGUAUUCUAGGAUCCUCUUUCCAGUGGCAUUUGCAGGAUUCAACCUGGUAUACUGGGUCGUUUAUCUUUCAAAAGACACUAUGGAAUUCUUUGAACCUACUGCAAUGCAUCUUCGAAGUGACCAUCAGUCCAACUGAAGAACAGCUCAAGGUUUCAAAGAAAUCACUGAAGGUCCGUAGGAUUGAACAGACUUCAAAGGA